AUGACCAAGUUAUACAUCGGAAACCUCGACUUCCAGACCACGAACGAAGAACUUAAAGCCGCCUUCCAGGCUUACAACGUUGUUGAAGUCAACAUCCUUAAGACCCCAAUCAACCUUUCUAGAGGCUUUGGGUUCAUCGACGUCAAGACCGAAGAGGACGCCAAGAAGGCGUUGGAAAUGGACAAGAAGACCAUUGGAAAGCGUUCGAUCCGUGUCGAGUUAGCUCUUCCAGAAGACAAGAAAGUGAAGAGAGAGGAAGGUGCUAGAAGACCAUACGGCUACCACGCCCGUAGACCAUAUGCCCCAAGACAAAACAGAUAUGCAAGAAGAGAAGAAGGUGAAGAGCCAAGAGAAUCAAGACCAGCAAGACAACCAAGAUUCGCUAGAAAGCCAAGAGACACCACCCCAAAGGAACUCUCUGAGACCAAUUUGUUCGUUAAGAAUUUGCCAUUCAAGUUGUCUGACGAGGAAUUCAAGAAGCUUUUCGAGAAGUACGAAGUUGUUGAAGCUUCUGUCGUUAGAAGAAACUACAGAAAGGCUGAGAACGUUUCUAAGGGUUAUGGAUUCGUCACACUGAAGUCUGCUGAACAACAAAAGAAGGCCGUCGCUGAGGUGAAUGGAACUGAAAUCGAUGGAAGAAAGAUCUCUGUCGCAGUCGCUUUCAAAAGACCAGAAAAGCCAACCGAAGUCAAAACGGAAACCAAAACUGAGUGA